UAGUGACUGUGCUCAACAGCCGGUGAACAUCGCCGCAAGAGGAACUCACGAACUACCAAAACAUACGGCCACAGAUAUUUUCAUAAUGGCGCUAAUACUACAAUAUAUAAAUGAUAUGCAAAGCUUUAUGGAUAAAUAUGGAGACCCUCGGACAAAUCCAUGGUUCCUGAUGAGCUCUCCAUUCCCUACAUUAUUAAUAUGUCUAAGUUAUGUUUAUCUAGUCAAGGUUUUAGGGCCCCGGUUUAUGGAAAAUAGAAAACCAUUUGAAUUAAAAAAUGUUUUAAUAUUAUACAACUUUCUACAAGUACUCUUCAGUGCAUGGUUAUUCUAUGAGAUCGGGGCCGCUGGCUGGUUCACAGGCAGGUAUAACUUUCACUGUCAGCCGGUCGACCACUCCAAACAUCCACAAACAAUGAGGAUGGUACAUGCAUGUUGGUGGUAUUAUUUCUCAAAGUUUACGGAGUUUUUUGAUACGAUCUUCUUUGUAUUAAGAAAGAAAUUUGAUCAUGUGUCUACCCUCCAUGUGAUACACCACGGAGUGAUGCCGAUGUCUGUAUGGUUCGGUGUUAAGUUCACUCCUGGCGGCCACUCCACCUUCUUCGGCUUGUUGAACACUUUUGUACACAUCGUCAUGUAUACAUACUACAUGUUGGCCGCUAUGGGACCUCAGAUGAGGAGGUACUUGUGGUGGAAGAAAUAUCUUACUACCCUACAAAUGGUGCAAUUCAUCGGCAUCAUGGUGCACGCUUUCCAACUGUUGUUCAUCGACUGCGACUACCCGCGCGCCUUCGUCUGGUGGAUAGGCAUGCACGCUGUCAUGUUCUUCUUCCUAUUCAAAGACUUCUACAACCAGUCAUACUCCAAACCUAAGGUCCGUGCGAAGUCACCGCAACCAGUAACAACGGAAAUAAAGGAGGUGUACAAGAAUGGUUCUCUGAAGAACGGUUACACGAAUGGUCAUACAAACGGUGCGGGUACGUUCGUGCGAGCGCGCACCGUACUGCCCGCGGGGAACUGACCGCGUUGCAGCCGGGGUACGACUCGGACCCUGAUGCAAGGCUACAUAUGUGACAUGUGACAGUGGAACUCAGUGUUACCUCUCGUGUUACCUCCCGUGUAGUGCAGUGACGUGGACCAAAGUUCAUAUUAUUGAUUGUAAGAUGUCCAGCGUUCAUAUAGAACGUUGUCUCAAAUGUUACCGCCCGGCUUCAUACAUGCAGCUACUCUCUGUUUAUGGAUUUGUAUGUAUUAUUUAGGCUAACUGUUAGGUUCAGAACGCACUUUCAUUGCCUUGACAUUAAAAUCAUGGUGAUGUUACUUUUUAAUUCUAUAUUAUUGAAUAAAAUAUCUAUGUUCGAGACUUUGAUUAUAGCACAAAUAUGAAAUAUUUUAUUGUAAUAAAGAUUUAACGGUCAAUUAUAAGCCCAAGUUAAUUCAGGGUUAAUAUUCUUGAACAUCAGGUUUCAGAAUGUACUAAUAAUAAUCAAACAUUUUGGAGAUUUUAAACGAGCUUAAUGUCUUCAUAGUCCACACAAGCCUGAGGAUGUAAUAAGCAUUAUUCAUCCAUUGCCCGGGACGGUCACGAGAUGAUAUACAAUAUAAUGAUCGUAUUCGGGCAAAGAUGGCGGAAUUGUGCGCCUGCGCGUUAGUCUUUUGCCGUAACUUUAAUGACUCUAAUCAAAUUAGCAUGAGAUUUUGUGUUUGCAAAAAAAAUUAACAACCAGCGAGUUGUUUAUAGAUGUAUAUAUGUAUAAUGU